UCUUGUAGGCGGUUUAUUUCAGAAUUUGUGGGUUGGGAUUCUGUUUCCAUGCAAGUAAGAAGAAGUUUAAAGUUUACCUUCAGUCAAAAAUCUGUAUGAUAUUCAACAACUAGAUUUCAAUUAUUAAGCGAGGAAGAAUGGAUGACUCUACAAAAGUCUUACUGCAACGACUCAUGCGACGUAUACCGACUCAAAUGCUAAAAGCAACUCUCGACAAGUGGGGCCGUCUGACGGCAGCACAACGAAAAUGCUUGGAUUUUACUCAGUCAAAAUGGACCUUAACACAAAAACUACUCGCCGAUUGCGAGGAAAAUAAAUUGACAAUGAAGCACAUCACAGAACUCGAGAUGAUAUAUGUCAUUGAAAAUCCAAACCAGGGGUUGUGGUGCACUUUCAAGCUCAUGGACCCUGAGGAUGAUGCUCACUGCUUAGAGCUGACACAGUUCAAGGAACAGUUUAAAUCCCAUCUCAGUGAACUCAUAAGACAUGUGUCGAUCAAAAUAAAGAAGCACACAGAUGAAGCUGUGUGGAUUAGAAUCGCGUGGGGAGAGAGUUUCUCUCGGCCCAACCACCUGAAACCAACCUAUGUUGUUCACUAUCUUCAGACCCCUUAUGUUUUUGUGAGUGGUUUAAAAUCGAAGCUAAAGCCUCUGCUAUCCCAGGCUUUGACCCUUUCCACCAGACAUCAAGCAAUUAAGGACGCUAACCUCAGUGGGCGGAAGCUAACUGCCAUCAGAGACCUGCUGAUGAAGCAAUAUCAGCAAGUGUUUCCAACAAAGUAUCCCCGUCCUCUUUCAGAGAAGAAUCAAACUGUCUCGAACAUGCACAUAGAAAAAGAACAAGCUGAAGCUGCAGCAAACCGACAUCAGAUGGCCGGUGAGGCAUUUGGUGAAGGGGUGUUACCUCAACUACAGUCUGCAGUUUAUCAGCUGGAAACAAAGUUCAGAGACCCCACUAAUAAGACCAUGACAGCACGAGAAGAGCCAUUCAAAUGUGUUGUUAAAUUUUCAAGCACCAACCUCCUGGAGUCAUUCAGAAACUGUGCAUCCUCAGGAAUUGCUUCUACGCCUGUCACACCCCUCCUGUCAUCUAUUCCCUCAAAAGGAAGGAAUUAUUUUGUCAUCAAAGACAAUGCUCCUGCUCCCUCAUCACAGAUGCACCAAACACAUAACUGAUUGAGGCUGUCCUAUGACUUCAGAGACUCACAAUGGUGCCAGUUUUUUCAUCCUAUGCUCAGUCCAUCAGUUGUUUGCUCCUACCUUUCUGUUACUGGUCACUUUAUUGUUGCAGCUCUUGAAGAUUCAUAAAUUUCAGAAGCCAUAGAGGAUUUCCUCUGCUUAAUAAAGUGAAUUGUGUUGGAGGUAAACUGGCUUUACACAGUAGACAUAUGUAGUUUGAAAAAAAUCACUUUGUUUCAAUUGUAUUUUAACUGUGUACUACACAUUUGAAGGAAUAAGUUAAAAUAUGUGACAUAUGUCACAAUGAUGUUCAUAGCAUAUACAUACACACAAACAAAAGCAAAGCAAAGAGAGAGAGUGAAACUAUACUUUAAUGAUCAGUCAGACCUGUUUUAUGGCUGCAGCAUUCUGAGUAAGACAAAUAUAAGGCUUCAGUUUUGAAAAACCCUCAUUUUCGUACUUCAUCUUUUUUAUCAAUAUCUAUAAACCAAAAUUGACUUAAACUUGCUUUGCUGUAAUCUACAUGAGAUCUGUUUCAGUCUAUUCUUUAAAUAAAGAUU